AGCACGUGCUCUACUGAUACGAUGUUUGACAAGUAUGUACACACGAAACGUGAAAUGGAUAUUAAUGAUGUUUUCGACAAUUUAUUGAUGUGCGAAGAUACUUCUUACCAAAAAGGAUACAAGGACGGAGUAGAAAAAGGUAAAAGCGAUGGCAACUUAGAAGGGUUUCAUUUAGGUUAUCAUCGAGGGGCUGAAUAUGGAGCUGAACUAGGCUUUAUGUAUAGCGUUAUUAAAUCAUUAAUUGGUCUAAAAGACCAAAACAUGCUACAAUGUUCAGAGAAAGCUUGUCAUUCUCUUCAAGAAACAGUGAAAUUGAUUAAGGAAUUUCCACAAACUAAUGUUGAUAAUAUAGACUUGGAAGCUUCAUUACGAUGCAUAAGAAGUUCCUAUAAAAAAUCAUUAUCAUAUCUAAAGAUUAAAUGUGAUUACCCAGACAAAGACUUAAUAAAUUUUUAAAAUAUGGAGCAAAUAAUUCUAGUA